UGGCAGAAGUUGGGCUGGGAAAGAUGUAAAGGGGCAGGGGUUGGUCCUGAAGUAUUGAACCACGCUGAACUCUGACGUGUUUUAGUGCACCCCUGCCUCAGUUUCCCCCGUGGGCAGCAGGGGGGAAAAUCCUGGGCAUGUUCAGGGAUUACAACUCCCACAUUUGGGUAUGGAUAUUGCUCAGAGCUGCGUUUCCUUAAACUACGGGCCGGAUUGAGCGUGAGAGGCUCGGCCCACGUUGGGUCGUUUUGGACCCGCGGGAGUUGUCCCUGGGCAGCCUCGAACCCGCGGCCCCGGGGCGAGCGCUGCGCUCCCCGCCGGCCGCCAGGGGGCAGCAGCGCCGCGCUCGGGCGCCCCCCGCGCGCUUCCGGCCCACGUGGGGCACGCGCGCACAUGGCCGCGGUGAGCGGGACCGGCACCGGGGGCACCGGCACCGGGAACAUGUCGCCGGACGAGGAGGAUGUGCAGCGGCUCCUGAUCCAGUUCCGCGAUGAGGCAGGGGAGUGCCUGGGCUCGCCCUUCGACGUCCCGGUCACCAUCACUCCGGACAAGCUGCAGCUGGUUUGCAACGCCCUCCUGCAGAAGGUGAGACCCUUCCCGAGCUCCCCGGCACCCCCAGCCCGCCCCUCGCUGCCUCACCUGCCCUUCCUCCCGCAGGAUGAGCCGCUGCCUCUCGCCUUCUUCAUCCACGAUGCCGAGAUCGUGGCGUCGCUGGAGAAGACCCUGGCAGGGCAGAGCGUGGAGACAGAGAAGGUUCUGGACAUCAUCUACCAGCCGCAGGCGGUGUUCAGGGUGCGGGCGGUGACGCGCUGCACCAGCUCCCUGGAGGGACACACCGAGGCUGUCAUCUCCGUGGCUUUCAGCCCCACGGGAAAGUACCUGGCGAGCGGCUCUGGGGACACCACUGUCCGCUUCUGGGACCUCAGCACAGAAACACCACAGUUCACAGCCAAAGGUCACCGGCACUGGGUGCUCAGCAUUGCUUGGUCACCUGAUGGCAAGAAACUGGCCUCGGGCUGCAAGAACGGCCAGAUCUUUCUCUGGGACCCAGCCACUGGCAGCCAGGUCAGCCGGGUGCUCUCUGGCCACUCCAAAUGGAUCACAUGUCUGUGCUGGGAACCCCUCCACAUAAACCCCGAGUGCCGUUACCUGGCCAGUGCCUCCAAGGACUGCAGCAUCCGCAUCUGGGACACUCUGAUGGGCAGGUGUGACAAAAUCCUCACAAGCCACACGCAGUCAGUGACCUGUGUGAAGUGGGGGGGCGAUGGCUUGCUCUACUCCUCCUCCCAGGACAGGACCAUCAAAGUCUGGAGGAGCCAGGAUGGGGUCCUGUGCCGCACGCUGCAGGGCCAUGCUCACUGGGUGAACACCAUGGCCCUGAGCACCGACUACGUCCUGCGCACCGGCGCCUUCGAGCCGGCCGAGGCCACCAUCAACCCCCAGGAUGUCAGAGGCUCCCUGUCAGAACUGAAAGACAGGGCACUGCAGAGGUACAACCAAGUCCGGGGCCCGGAACCAGAAAGGCUCGUCUCAGGGUCAGAUGAUUUCACCCUGUUUCUCUGGAGACCAGCAGAAGACAAGAAGCCACUGGAGAGAAUGACAGGCCACCAGGCAUUGAUUAACCAAGUCGUGUUCUCUCCAGACACGCGGAUAAUCGCUAGUGCUUCCUUUGACAAGUCCAUAAAGCUCUGGGAUGGUAGGACAGGAAAGUACCUGACAUCACUGAGGGGCCACGUCUCAGCCGUGUACCAGAUCGCCUGGUCGGCCGACAGCCGCUUGCUGGUGAGCGGCAGCAGCGACAGCACCCUCAAGGUCUGGGAUGCCAAGACAAAGAAACUGGCCAUCGAUCUGCCCGGCCACGCGGAUGAGGUGUAUGCGGUGGAUUGGAGCCCGGACGGACAGAGGGUGGCGAGCGGAGGGAAGGACAAGUGUUUGCGGAUAUGGCGUCGAUAGGAACAGGACAUGGAGCUGCUGGUCCUGCCCUCAGCACAGUCCUGGGAGAUCUCCAAGGUGAUGGACGAAGGGACUGACCCAAACACAGCUCCGUGUUCCCGUUGGCAACUCUCCCUCGUGGACUCUUUCCUUAUAUUUAUUUAAGGAAAUUUUAAUUUUAGUUCUUAAUAAGAGCUGUGCUUUGCAGGAUGAUUUCCUCUGAACAUCACAGGAGGGAUAUCUCAUCUGCCUCCAUCUCAACUGGCUUUUUAUUGGAAUUUCAGCCUCACAGUAGCCACUGUCCUGAAAGGGGCAAGCAAAGGGCGGAGACUGCUCGUGCCCUUUCUUGCUCUGUGAAGAAUCCUGUGGGGAAGAGGGUUUUAGUAGGAACAGAGAGGGUUGUCCUUGUGUGGCCUUCAGAGAGAGAGAAAAAUGGGGAAAAUUCAGCACAUUAUUCCACUGCAGAAUUGUGCCUGGCUGCAUGUCUGGGACAAAGAUCUGCUGAGAAUGAGGACUUGGGGCUUCUUGUUAUUCCAGUAAGGUUUUGCCUUUCCACACAGCCCCAUUUCCCCAUGGGCUGAGCAUUAUCUGCCAGUGAUCCCCUGCAUCCACAGCAGUUAACUCCUUGGCUAAUCUGUUCAGGGUGCAACAGGCCUGGACUUCAAAUGACUGCUGCAGCUGUGCUGAGUUUUCAGGUUUUAGCAGCUCUUGGGAAUGGGAAAAUGAGACUGAACAGGGGAGAGAGUGUCUUUCCCAUCCACACUGGCUUGGGGGAAGGAAGGAUAGGGUGGGGAAGAAUGGAGCAGGAAUUCUGUGUGGCACUUGUCCCUUGCCCUGGAUACGUGCUGACAGCAGGGCUGGGACCCACACAGAAAAUAGCAAUACUUCCAUUGCACAGGGCUGGCUCCUUCUGGAAUUUCUCAAGUGCAUUUACUUGCCCAGUGGGUGAGAGGGAUUCACACUGUCAGCUGGGUAAGUUUGCUUAUGAGCCUUUUUAUCAGUCAGUUCAGGCUUCCAGCCAUCAUGAGGUGAAUAGACCUGGACUAAGUGUUUAUUUCCAGGAUGCUUAUGAAACAGAAAAUAAAAGAUGUGAUUAAUAAGGAGCAGAAAUUACACUGUCAGAUUUAGUUGCAGUAGGUUAGCAUGAAGGUCAAAACAUUUUCAUAGCCCUCAUAUGCAGUGAUUACUACAACUCAGAACAGGAGUUUGGGUCUCAGAUACUUCCCAGCUGCAGAAGAUGCAUUUUAGGACUUUAUCCCUGCUGGCAGGAUUGCUUUGGAGAAUUAAGAUUGUGCAGUAAUGGCCUUUUGCUUGUCUACAAGUGUUCAGGUGAGCCCAAGGCUGGAACUAAGGGUUAAAUCUUUAAUAUGACUGAGAAAACAAUUUGUAGUUCCUGUAUCUCCUGCCAGCCACGUCAGCAGGGAUCUAUCUCUGGGAUCUUUUGGGAAGAGCUCAGUACCCAUACCUGCUCUUUCAUUAGGGUGCUUCCUGCAGCUGGUUCCUGCUGACAGCAAAGGCCAGGUUGCAUCCAUCUGCAUAAACAAAACCUUUUGUAACUCACUGAGGUAAAUGUGGGACAGGGUGCUUUAAAACCAGCUGGUAAGUCUGCCCUUGGGGAGAAGAGGUGCAGGUCACUGGUAGGAGCCAAGAAGCCUGCCUAGUUUCCAAGUUUUUUGGGGUGCUUGUGCUAAAGAGAAUCACCCACCCUUGGGAGUUCAGCUCUGUCCCCAAGUUGGACUUGCUGCAAGCAGCAGCUCCUGGUUGCAAGUGGCUCUUCCUGAGUGAGGAAUCAUUCUCUGCUUCCUCCCCUGGAGAGCUGCUCAGGGUCACUGUGCCCUGUCAGUCCAUGGUGUGUUUUGUGUUGGAGGCAGGGAUGUAUCAGAGCUCAGAGACAUGAUCCUGCUGUGGGAACUGGGCUUGGCUGUGCAUGUGUGUAGGUGUACCUAAAAUAUCAGUGUACCUUGCCCACUGAUUUCCAAACCAAAGCAGUCACUGUGCCCUUUGACCAUGCUCUUGCCAUCCCUUCAGACUCUGCUUCUGUGACAUAAAGCCUGAUUAAAACUCACCUUUCUAAUGCCGGAGCAGAAAGGUUUUCUAAGGGGAAGGGGGACCUCUUGAAGAAAGAGAGGGCCUUGCAACUAAGUGUUAAGCUCUUGGCCUUAAUCUUCCUGUGAUCUGAUAGCAGGUAGAUUUUUGAACCAUGCUCUGUGAUAGCUUUGCAUGUAAACCAAAUGGUAUUUUCUUAUCUAAGCAUCUGCUGCUAUUUUUACCAUUCAUACAGCACCAGCCUCCAUGCAUACUAAGAGCUGGCCCAGCUCCAGCUGUAUUCCCAAGCAAUUCCCUGACACUCCUCCCUCCCAGUUUGAUUUGAAUGCGGCAUUUCCCGGGCCUGGCUGCAGGCAGUGCUGCUCAGGCACUGGGGAAGGAAGGAAGAGCUGCUGCCCUUCCCUCCAGAGCUGCCUCCUGCUUGGCAGGAGCCGCAGGAACGCGUGACCUCCACGCUGGGGAUGGGAGCUUUAAUUAGCUCAUUUGGGCAAUUGCAGAUGCAAAUUGGGGUUGGUGGCGUUUAUUAAUGGGGGAGAUGUUACUUUGUGUUAAAGGACAAAUCUAGGAGGUGGGCUGGAGGUUUGUGAUAGGUGUUCUGGAAAACCUACUGAAAUGCCUGAGCUUUCCCAGUGCUGCUUGAUAGGAAUCCUGGGAUCUGCUUCCAUGUUUCAGUCCAGUUCCUCCUGAGUUACUCAUUAAGCAUCCCACACAGGUUUUCUUACCACAAGGGUGUUAUUUUUUACUGGUAAUACAAGAAUAAUUUUAAGCAUAGCCAGAAACUGUCCUGCAGAGCCCUCUGACACUUUCUCCUUUAAAAGCUCAGCUGGUGCCACCAUCAAUUUUGUUACAAAUCCCAAUGGGAGGACAGUAGUGAUAAGGACUGGGAAGUGUGCCAGUCCUCUGAGGAAGGUUUACCUGUCUAAUGAAAUCCUGAGUGUGAUGGAGGGAGGAAAGGAAGGAUAUGGAAGGAUAUUAGAACACCUGGAGUGAAGUUGAUAGCUCUGAGGUGAGCAGGAUGCUGUCAGACUCCUACCUUUGGGAACUGAUUCAGAUAAAUGAGGCCUUAAAAUCCAUGUGAAAACUCUUACUUGGGGCUGUGUCCUGCUUAUCCAUGCAAGUGGAGUGUGUGUUGUGUUCCCUGGGUCCUUGGAGCCACAUGUUCCUGUCCUGUUUGACUCAGAUGAUCUCUUGAAUAUUUUCCCAGAUCUGUAAUUUCAUUUCCAUGUGCAAGUUUAUAGCCUGGGGAGAGACAGAGACAAGAAAAAUUUUUCAAUGAAUAGGAAGAAAAUGAACUUCAUUCAUUGUUCUGCAUGAAAAGUAGGAAAAGCAGCCUUGUUCUGCUUUUUUUCUGGGUCAGCCCAGGCGUUACUCCGGUGAUGUUUCUACCUCAGGGCUGCAUUUUGGUGGUGUGGUAUGGCAGAGAAGGGCUUGCUGUAAGUCCAUUAGUGCUUUUGAGGAUGAAAGGUGUUAAAAAACCUCAAGGCAGUGAUGUCUGUGUUCUGUGGAGCUGCUGCCAGAUGAAAGCAUCCUUCUCUGCACUCAGACAAGCAACCUGGAAUUUGCUAAUUCCUUCCCAGAUGUGUUGCUCUUGUGAUCACAAGUCCUGGCUUACAACUGAGGGACUAAUUUGAAGCAAGGUAGUGCAGCUGGGAAGGAGCCCCAGAGCCAUCUCCAGUACUGCUGUUCUGUUUUCUUCCCUCUGUGAAUGGUGGGUGCAGAACUGUGGGUUGCUGGUGGUCUCUCCUGCAGAGCAUGAUGUUAAAAAUGAACCAACUCAGGACACAGUGCUCCGUGUUUUUGAAGGAUCACCGGGGUGGAUCAGGCAGCUGCACUGGGUGUUUUAGUGCCCUGCUGCAUGGUUAGAGCAGAGCACCUCCAGGUAGUGCAGGCUAAAUGCUGGAUAUCCGUGUGUGUGAGCAGCACGAGCUCCAUGGGGUUGGAUAACAUCCAAUCCUGCAUCUCUCCCAACAUCUCCAGCAACGAGGCUCCCUUUGGGAAAGAUGAAUCCAGUCCGUUCUGCCUCAGAACUCUUCCAGCAUCCCAAGCAAGUCAGGGCGCUGUCUGUAGGCUCUGUAGUGCUGAUGCUGGAGUUCCCGACGCCCAGAGAAGCUCCCGCAGCCGCCCUCAAGGCCCCAGCUGGGAGGAGUGACCCGCAUGCAAAUCCCGCAGCCUCCGGCGAGCCCUCGGGUGCCGCUCGGGUCCCGCAGGGUGUUUAGUUAUUCCGGUCAAACCUCACUGCCGCUGCCGCCUGUUUGUCCUUGCUGUGCUGAAACAAACCUGCUCCGGGGCUCCAGCCCCGUUAGGAGGACAAAAGGACGUGAGGCAGUGCGGCUGCCCAAGGGAAACAAGGGAAACGUGUCGCGAAAUGUGUUUGCAAGUGGGAUGCAGGAUGGGUGGCUUGGUCAUGGCUGUUGUGACUUUUAUCUGCUCAAAAGGCAUCUUCGGAAUGAAUUUGGUUUUUCAGCUUCCCUAAAAUGUAGCUGGUGACAUUGAUUUUGGGGUGAGGAUACACGCUGAUGCUGGGAGGAUUAAUACUGAAGUGAGAAUUGGUGGAUGGCAAUAAACAACCAGUUCUGAGGGAAAUUAUUUUUAUGAAUCAGAAUAUUUAACACAUGGAGGCUUGUGGGCUUUUUCCUGGUUUAAAGGGACACUGUGAAGCGUAUCACAAAGUGUCUGUUACUACCAACACUUUAAUUUAUGAUUAACUUGGAAUAUUUUUACAUCUCAUUUAUUCUUUCCACAGGGGUGUUCUGAGCUGUUGAAAUUAUUGGCCAACUCCACUUUCUCGUUGUUUGUUAGGUUAGUGCCAUGGGAGGAUUUUGGAUGGGAGCUCAAAACUUCACCAAAUAAAGGGGGGAUUCAGUUUUGAGGGGAUUUUAAGCCCUUUGGUUCUCUUUGGCACAAAACUGAUUUCUCAGGAUUGCUCUGAUAGCUCAAAAUGUCAUUCAUAAAGCUGUCAAUCUUUCCUUAA